AUGUCGAAAAUUACGGUUGCCAACGUCCGCACUCAGGUCUCUGAGCUGCUCGAGUACUCUCUCGAGACCAAGAAGCGCAACUUCCUUGAGUCUGUCGAGCUUCAGAUCGGCCUCAAGAACUAUGACCCUCAGCGUGACAAGCGUUUCUCCGGCACCGUCCGCCUGCCGGUCGUCCCCCGCCCCAACAUGAGCAUCUGCAUUCUCGGUGACCAGCACGAUAUCGAUCGUGCCAAGCACGGUGGUGUUGACGCCAUGUCCGCCGACGACUUGAAGAAGCUCAACAAGAACAAGAAGCUCAUCAAGAAGCUCGCUCGCAAGUACGACGCCUUCGUCGCUUCCGAGACCUUGAUCAAGCAGAUCCCCCGUCUCUUGGGUCCCGGUCUGUCCAAGGCCGGCAAGUUCCCCACCCCCGUCUCCCACGCCGACGAUCUCUCUGGCAAGAUCACCGAGGUCAAGUCCACCAUCAAGUUCCAGCUGAAGAAGGUUCUUUGCAUGGGUGUCGCCGUCGGCAACGUCGGCAUGACCCAGGAGCAGCUGAUUGCCAACAUCAUGUUGGCCAUCAACUACCUCGUCUCUCUGCUGAAGAAGGGCUGGCAGAACGUUGGAAGCUUGACCAUCAAGGCUUCCAUGUCUCCCCCCAAGCGCCUCUACUAA